ACCAGCAUCUAACAAAACGUACAUCAAUCUCUCUCUGUCUCUCUGAUGGCAAUCUCCCCUUUCUGGAACAUCGAAGUCCAUUCAUGGGGGAGUUAUUUCCUCGAGGCAGCUCUGCGUCCAUAGAUGACUUGCCAGAAACACCUAAAACACCAAAACCACCACCAUCACCACCACUUCCCCAAACACAGCACCAACAAUUAUCUCUUGUCCAACCACCCCAAAAAAAGAAACACAAACCCAAAGUUUUUCGUAUCUUACGCUCGGUUUUUCGAACUUUCCCCAUUAUAACGUCCCCAGCAUGCAAGAUUCCUGUCCUCUCGGGGGGAUUGUUAGAGAGUGCUCGGGGGAUUUCGGGAAGUAAAGUUACAGGGACUUUAUUUGGGUAUCGUAAAGGUAGGGUAAGCUUGUCCGUGCAAGAAAACCCCAGGUGCCUCCCUUCAUUAGUUGUUGAGUUAUCAAUGCAAACCAGCGUGUUACAGAAAGAAAUGAGCACAGGGAUGUUAAGGAUUGCCCUAGAAUGUGAAAAGAGAUCUGAUAAAGAUAAGAUUAGGGUGUUAGAUGAGCCAUUGUGGACAAUGUUUUGCAAUGGCAGAAAGGGUGGCUAUGGGGUUAAAAGAGAUGCCUCAGAGGAGGAUUUGAAUGUCAUGGAGCUUCUCAAGGCAGUAUCCAUGGGGGCUGGGGUACUUCCAGGGAAUUCUGUGGUUGAGGGCCCAGAUGGGGAGUUGGCCUACAUGAGAGCCCAUUUUGAACGUGUUGUGGGCUCAAAGGAUUCCGAGACACUAUACAUGAUAAGCCCAGAAGGUGAUACUGGGCCUGAACUUAGUAUAUUCUUCGUGAGGGUUUGAGUAAGAUUACUGAAACGGGGUUUUGCUGUUCUUUUUAUGAACUGACGUUUUCUUGCUAACGAAAGAGAUGACUGGCGAAAUCUUCUUCGUUUCUAGUUAUUUUUUCAUUAUCUUUUAUUUGUACAAAUGUAAAGUCUCCUCCAGGAAAAAGACUAAAACCUCUAACAACACCUUAUAGCAAUUGCCAUGA